AUGGCGGAACAGUUGAGUCGGGAGGAGAGGCUCAAGCUGAUCUAUCAGAAUCUGCAAGAGGUCCUGAAACCUGAAAUUAUCGAACAAGUCGUUCUCAAGGAAGAUAGACCUCUGAAGAUCUACUGGGGUACUGCGACCACUGGUCGACCUCACUGCGCCUACUUUGUGCCCAUGGUCAAACUCGCUCACUUCCUUCGUGCCGGCUGCAAAGUCAAGAUACUUCUCGCCGAUAUUCAUGCCUUCCUUGACGCGCUCAAAGCCCCAAUUGAACUGGUCAAGGAACGCGCGAAGUACUACAGAUUCGUUAUAACCUCCCUCCUCAAGGCUAUCAAUGUUCCCAUAGAUCAACUGGAAUUCGUUAUGGGCAGCGACUACCAAACCUCGAGCAAUUACACCAUGGACUUAUUCAAAUUAAGCUCGGUAGUCACGGAACACGACGCAAAAAAGGCAGGCGCCGAGGUAGUGAAGCAGAUGGAUAAUGCUCCGCUGAGCGGUCUCAUUUACCCUCUAAUGCAGGCGCUGGAUGAGCAGUACCUUGACGUGGAUGCACAAUUUGGCGGAGUGGAUCAACGGAAGAUUUUCACAUUGGCUGCGGAGCAGCUUCCCCGGAUCAACUAUAAAGAGCGAGCUCAUCUCAUGAAUUCAAUGGUACCUGGUCUUGCGGGAGGGAAGAUGUCUGCAUCUGAUCCAGAAUCAAAGAUCGAUAUACUGGACACACCUGAUGCUGUCAAGAAAAAGCUAAAGAAAGCAUACGCUGUGCCAAAAGAAGUGACGGACAAUGGUCUGAUCAGUUUCGUGGAGUAUGUCUUGUUGCCAGUCAGCGCUUUGAAGACCGAAGGUAAAGGCAAAUUCGUGGUGGAGCGGAGAGAAGGAGAACCCCUGGUCUAUGACAGCAUCGAGACGCUAAAGGAUGACUACACAGCUGAUACACUCACACCACAGCUACUGAAGUCGGGCGUGACCGACGCACUCAAUGCGCUCCUUGAACCCAUACAAGCAGAAUUUAAGGCGUCCAAGGAAUGGCAAGAGGUAGAACAGAAAGCUUACCCUCCGCCAGAGGUGAAAAAGAAGCCGAAAAAGGAGAAGAAACUAGGGGAUAGGUUCCCUGGUGUUAUUAGGGACCAGGUGAAGCCUGAUGAUAAGGUGGAAGAGGAGCAGCAGAAACACGAGGAGAACUUGGUCACUGGCCUUUCCAAGCCUUGA